GUUGACGGUCAGACAGACUAGAGGGAGGGAGAGAGAUAGAGAGACAGCGGACCUGGAGCGAUCAUCCUGAGGCAACACAUCAAACCAUUAAUUCUGUCACAAUCAUGCAUGUAGCUGGACGUAAAAGGAUUUGCAACCUUUAACACAGCGAGAAAAAGAAGGACCAACUCAAAGGUGACGUGUUUGAAGAACAGCCGAAUAUUCUCACCCAAGCAAGACCAAUAAUCUGUGUUCGGACAUGGCCAGCCCUCAGACGAGUCUGAAAACCCCAUUCAAAGACCUGACGUCAUUCAAAGGCAACAUGAAGCGGCUGUACAGGGAGCGUCUGGAGGAUGCACCCAUUAAAAAGCGGGUAAUGGCAGAGAUGCACUUGAAACGGCGCAGCCUGGAGUGCGUCUCCAAACCCCCGAAGGUCAAGAAGGAGCGUGAGGACCAUGCUAGCUCGGAAAUGGACAUUGAGGAAAGAGAAUUCCACAUCGUCGGGGCUUCCAAGGCUUUAGAUCUUAGCGCUGGCCUCAAGCACACUCUGGCACAGUUCACGCUGAGCAGCCAGAGCUCCCUGGGAGGUCCUGCUGCCUUCUCAGCAAAAUCGGCUCAUGAGUGCGCCUCUCCUGCUGGCAUGGCUCCCCUACCGUCUCCCCCAGUCCUUGGAGGCGGCCCGCUCUUGGUUCCCUGUGACAGCUCCACUGAGCUCACUCAUUCUCUUCUCGAAGGAGAGUCCAUCUCCUGCUUUGUUGUAGGGGGUGAAAAGCGUCUUUGUCUGCCCCAGGUACUCAAUUCGGUGCUGCGAGACUUCUCUCUGCAACAGAUCAACGCUGUCUGUGACGAACUUUAUGUUUACUGUUCCCGAUGCGAUGCCGAGCAGCUCCACAUCCUUAAGGUGCUGGGCAUCCUGCCUUUCAACGCACCUUCCUGUGGCCUGAUCACCCUAACUGAUGCCCAACGGCUCUGCAACGCCCUGCUCCGCCCGGGUGCCACCCUCUCGGCUGACCCCAACAGCAAACUGCCAGGCCAAGGCCUGCUGAAGGAGAGCGGGGCCAGUUUCCAGGUGGAACACCAGUGUCUGGGCAAGUGCCAAGGCCUGUUUGUGCCCCAGUUCUACGUCCAGCCGGACGCUCCUUGUAUUCAGUGCAUGGAAUGCCAGCUGCUGUUUUCCCCACAGAACUUUGUAAUGCACUCGCACAAGUCCCCCGACAAGAGGACCUGCCACUGGGGCUUCGAUUCGGCCAAGUGGCCUUGCUACCUACAGCUGGGCCGCAAGCAUGAGGGCACGCCGGAUGAGCCCCAACUCAAACAGCUGCUGGAUGAGAUGAAGGAGAAGUUUCACUACCAGCUAAAGAGGCCUCUGGACAAAAAGGUGGUGGAUGACGACAGUCACGGGAGGAAGUCCAGCCCUGCACUCUGCCCACCUAACAGCAAGCUGUCUGAUAACGUCCUGGAGAAAAAGGGAAACUCGCAGUCUUCACUGGUUUUCAGUCGACUCUUUCCCGAUAUCAAAGAGGAACCAGGACACUGCCCCAUCGUCCACCCGAGUUACUACCUGUACACGUACGAUAAGAUGGUGGCCCCUAACGUGUCCCUGCAGAAGGAGGCAGAGGUGAGCCAUGAGGUUCUGGGGGCCCUGCUUAAACAGCACUACAGCAGGAGAGCACUCACCCACGACAGCCAGCCCAACACAGAUCUUCCCGCAUCUCCUUCCUCUGUCGCAGAGGAGGCCAAAUCCCACCACGCGGGCGAAGCGCACGAGCGCCGCCAACCUCCUCCGCCAGUCGCCAUGGAGACUAGCUCGGGCGGCAAGCAGCACGCCCCCAUUCCCACGGCGGGAAAAGACAGCGGAACAGAGGACGACAAGGACAGGAUCAUGCUGGAAAUUGUGCAGAUGUACCGGCGGCAGCAAGAGAAGCUCAAUUCCACCCUUCAGAAACAGCUGCAGCUGGAGAUGGAGCUGGAGGCAGUGCGCGGGGGCGAGGCGGCCAGGCUGAGGGAGUUGUCUGCGGAGCAGCUGGAGCUGCAGAACGAGCUGGAGGCGGUGCACACUGAGCAUGCUCAGAGACUGGGGGAGGUGCGGCAGGAGCAGAGACAGCUGGAACACCGACUGGAGCAGCUCCGGCAGCAGAGCUGUGCCUGCCAACCCAAAGAACAGGAGGCGCAGUACAACGCGCAGCUGUGCGAGCUGCGCUGUCGUCUCGAGCGUGCUGAGGCGGAGCGACAGGAACUGCAGGAGGAGCUGUGCAGAGAACGAGAGGCCAGAGAGAAGCUGGAGCUCAUGAUCUCAAAGCUUCAGCUGCAGAUGGCCCAGUCUGGCACCAAGGGAAGCCGCAGCAGUAGCCCUGCUCAGCCCCCGACCCCCUCCGCAAGCCCCCAAUCCCAGCAUUCCCCAGUUUCACCGGCCCAAGAGGUAACCUCCGGAUAAACUCCUCCUGCUCGCCUCGUCUCUCGCACACUUCCACGCCUGUAGCCCAGGAACACGCUUGCCCACUCCCUGCAGAGACAGACAAACACAAGACCUCUGCAGAAAAGAGCAGCUCUCCCAUAAACAUUUCCCUUUGUGUUCG